AUGCCUGCCCAGUAUGUCUAUCUAAAACCAGGCGUCUUCACGGCCGUGGGGUUUUGCUAUGGCAAAGUUGACGCUUCAGCAAAGCGAGGCGGGAAGGUCAAGGUCAAGCUCGUUCGCAGUGGGCGGUGGACGGAAGCUCAACGCGAGACUAAGGAGCGGCAGUAUGAAGAGAUAGCCUCGAGAACGCGAGGAUCACUGGAUGUGAACUUUAACGGGACAGUAGUCAUCGCACAUGAGCCAAUAGCAGUGCUGGAUGUGGUAGUCGAGAUUUACGCGUUGCGGCCAUGUAUGGGCAAAAGUGUCAGUCUCAGUAUGCCACAAGAGCUUCGGCAAAAACACGAGCAAGUGUACAACAAGUUCAACGGUGUCGGGCAGGUCGCAGUGCGCGAAUCCACCCCGAUUCUUGAAGAAGUCGGCGCGAAACGUUUGGACGAGACGCAACUGCUGCCACUGCUCGACAUUACUAGUUUCGAGGUGAGUAUGUUACCUAUUCACCAUAUUCUCGACUAUGUGUACUACAAGGACGGUGGCCGCUCGCCCCCAGACGGAGUGUUAUUCGGCUUUUCGACCAAGUUCAAGCCGUGCCAGCCCGCCCCCAAGCGACUAGUGAAGGCGCAGGCACUGGGGCGGAACUGA